UUAAAACACUUUUCAUACAUACAUUUCUUUCGUUUAACACAUUACAUCAUUUUUCACAAUGACCACAAACUCAGAGACCGUGUUUCGAUCAAAAUUACCAGACAUUUACAUACCAAAACAUCUUCCGUUGCACGAAUAUUGUUUUGAGAACAUCUCAAGUUUUAGUACUCGCCCGUGUUUAAUUGAUGGCGCAACGGGCCAUGAGUACACUUUUGCUGAUGUGGAGCUGACUUCACGAAAAGUUGGUUCUGCCUUUCACAAACUUGGCAUAACCAAAGGUGACGUGAUCAUGAUUCUGCUACCAAAUUCGCCAGAAUUUGUCUUCUCGUUCCUUGGCGCGUCUUAUAUUGGUGCUAUCUCCACUAUGGCUAACCCGUUUUUCACCUCGGCCGAGAUUAUUAAACAAUUGAAAGCAUCUAGCCCGAAAAUGAUCAUAACCCAAUCAGCCCACGUGGCUAAAGUAAAAGACUACGCUUUAGAGAAAUCAAUACAUAUGGUUUGUAUUGACUCAGCUCCCGAAAAAUGCAUGCACUUUUCAGAGCUGACAUCCGGGGACGAGACUCAGCUCCCUGAAGUCCAGAUAUCCCCGGAUGACGUAGUGGCAUUGCCUUAUUCAUCGGGGACCACUGGACUACCAAAAGGAGUCAUGUUAACACACAAAGGACUAGUUACAAGUGUGGCUCAACAAGUAGAUGGCGAAAACCCGAACUUAUGGAUUCAUAGUGAAGACGUGCUGAUAUGUGUGCUGCCAUUGUUUCAUAUCUACUCGUUGAACUCGAUAUUGUUGUGUGGGCUACGUGCAGGAGCGGCUAUUCUAAUUAUGCAAAAAUUCGAUAUAGUUCCAUUUUUGGAGCUGAUUGAGAAAUACAAGGUGACAAUUGGCCCGUUUGUUCCGCCUAUUGUUUUAGCAAUCGCGAAAAACGAAGAGGUGGUCGAUAACUACGAUUUAUCUUCGAUUAGGACAGUCAUGUCUGGUGCAGCUCCCUUAGGGAAAGAACUUGAAGACACUGUCAGGGCUAAGUUCCCUAAUGCCAAACUUGGACAGGGUUACGGAAUGACAGAGGCCGGACCAGUGCUGGCAAUGUGUUUAGCUUUCGCUAAAGAGCCAUUCGAGAUCAAAUCAGGAGCAUGUGGAACAGUUGUUCGCAAUGCUGAAAUGAAGAUAGUCGAUCCAGACACGGGUGCUUCUCUCCCUAGGAACCAACGUGGCGAGAUCUGUAUUCGCGGUGACCAGAUCAUGAAAGGUUACCUAAAUGAUCCGGAAGCAACUAAGAGAACGAUUGAAGACGGAUGGUUGCACACCGGAGACAUUGGGUACAUUGAUGACGAUGAUGAGCUUUUCAUCGUUGAUAGAUUAAAGGAGUUGAUUAAGUACAAGGGUUUUCAAGUCGCUCCCGCGGAGCUUGAAGCAUUGCUACUUACACAUAAUGACAUAUCGGAUGUUGCUGUUGUCCCAAUGCAAGACGACGGUGCUGGAGAGGUUCCCGUUGCUUUUGUUGUCAAAUCAAACGGAUCGACAGUCACAGAAGCUGAAAUCAAACAAUUUGUUUCAAAGCAGGUGGUUUUCUAUAAGAGAAUUAACCGUGUAUUUUUUGUUGACACAAUUCCUAAAUCACCAUCUGGAAAAAUUCUUCGUAAGGAUUUGAGAGCAAAGUUAGCUGCUGGUGGCCCAAAUUAAGUUGUUUGUGCACACCAACCUGUUUGUAUAUUUAUAUUAUGUGUUCCUAUGUGGAUAAGAAAUGAAUGGAUUGGAUAUGAGUUGCAACGUUUAGUUUGUAAAAGUAUCAUCGUCAAAAGUUGUUGUACCACAUCUAAUCCGAGAAAACAAGUACCUAACUUCCAAGUUGAAGAAAGUAUUUUGUCUAUUUUACUUCAA